AUGGGCUUGAGAGAAGAGGAAGCAGGCAAGAAGCAGGAAGUUGAGAAUGUAAAUGAGAAUGGGGAAGCUCUGAAGAUGAGUGUGAGUGGAGAUGUGCGUAAUGUAGCGGAGGCAAAGCCGGGAAAGGAGAAUCCGUUUCUAACGACCUCUGUUCCCAAGAAGGAGGAGCCGAAGGCAUGCAGCACGGAGGAGGAGCUUGAUGAGAAUAGCAUAAUAGAAAAGCAGGAGAAGUAUCUUGAUGAGAACCAAGAAGAUGAGGUGCUGUUCAAGGCGAAAUGCAAACUGUAUUAUUUUGCGAAGGAGACGAACACUCUUGAAGAGCGUGCCCAGGGGACGAUGAUUAUUGGAAAGCGCCCAAAGAGCAAUCUUGUACGAAUUGUUGUGUUCAGGGAGCAGAUUGGGAGGCUGGGAUGCAACCAUUACAUCAAUCCGGGCUUGAAGGCACAAGCACACAAGAAGAUGAUGAAUGGAUGGAUGUGGAUGACCACUGAGGAUACUGUUGAGUCUGAUGCAUUGAGGGACAAGAAGCAGCUGUUUGUUGUGAAGUUCAAUUCUGAGGAGGAUUCGGUGAAGUUUGGAGAGGAGUAUGAGUCUGGAAGACGCCACAACGAUAUGGUCCUGGAAGAAAGAAAGAAUAAAAAUUGA